AUGACAACUUGGUCCAUAGAUAAAGAAUUUGUAGUUGAUAUUGCAAAAGAAACUUGUAGUUGUAAUUUUUGGGAAUUGAUUGAGAUUCCAUGUAGACAUGUUGUUGCUGCACUAGGUUAUAAGAAACAAAACCCUUCAGACUUUGUAGAUCACUAUCAUACAAAGGAAAAAUAUGCACUUUGUUUUGGUUUUGGUGCGAAUCCUAUAAAUGGUAUGGACAUGUGGCCUGAACCUGAAAAUGCUGAAGAGAGACUAGAAAUUCUGCCACAUACUAUUUACAAAAUUGGUCCAGGUAGGCCAAAGAAGGUGAGAAUUAGAGAAUUUGAUGAGGAUGGUGUCAGGAAGAGGAAAAGAUGUGUAAAAAUAUAG